GCACCCGUGGGAAGCCGGAGCGGGGCGUAAGUAUGGUGUAAAAAUGAGAAGUUAAGAAAAGGAAAGGUCCUUAAAGUUAUGUAUAUAAGUAUUAGAUAGGGAAUGUGAAAAUAAUACUUUACUGGUAGGACCAACUCUAGCCAUUGACAAAACUAAAUAAAAACAACAGUUGUAACGCGUUAUUGUAUUGAAUAUAAAAUUAAAAUGUCAAAAUAAUUUAGAUUAAGUUGGAAUUAUUAGAACAGGUUAUAUUAUUAGCAAUCACUUGGUUCGUACAAAAUAUUAUGUAGUAGUCUCAAAACCGUAUACAGUGUAUAAUUUUAAUUUUAAGAUGUUGUACUUUGUGCUGUUAAUAUUGUGUGUAGUGACAUGUAGUAGCGAAAAUGACGAUGAUUGGAAACUAGUGCAUACAGUACAAGGACCUGUGCGUGGCCGCAAGGAUCCUGACGGAAUGUACGUAUUUUAUGGCGUACCGUAUGCUACUGCUCCGACUGGUGAAGAUAAAUUCAAGGCUCCGCUUCCACCACCAAAAUGGGAGGAACCGUUAAUUGCAAUAGAUAAAGGUGUAGUAUGUCCACAAGCAAAGUUUGGAGCACAAGCAUCGAACUUAAACACUCAAGAAGAUUGCCUUAUUGCGAACAUUUAUGUCCCAGACACUGAAGAUAAAAACCUUUCCGUCAUGGUACAUAUUCACGGAGGCGCUUUACGAUAUGGAUAUGGAACUGAAGGUGCUCCAGGAAACGCAGGUUUAAAAGACAUGAUUGCAGCACUACGUUGGGUUAAAAACAAUAUUGCUGAUUUUGGCGGGAACCCCAAUGACAUAACUAUCGCAGGUUACAGUGCAGGAGCUACUGCUGCAGACCUUUCGCAUGUUCGCAAUCCGCAUGAAAAUGCUAAGAUCCAAGCUAAAGCUUUGAAUUUCACUGGAGAUCCAAAUGAUAUUCUUUUAUUAGAGAAGUUUUAUAGAUCUGCUUCUUACGACACAUUAACAAUGGACGCCUUUAAGCCUAGAAAAGACUCAACGUACCUAUUCACUGCAUGUGUUGAACGUGAUAUAGGAACCAAUGAAGUAUUCUUACACGAUUCUCCCAUAAAUAUUUUACAAAAAGGUGAUUUCAUAAAAGUGCCAAUGUUAUAUGGAUUUGCAAAUAUGGAAGGAUUGUUACGGAUACCAAACUUUGAUAUUUGGAGCAACGACAUGAAUAAAAUGUUUUCAGACUUUCUUCCUGGUGAUUUGGCAUUUGGUAACGAUACAGAAAAGAAUGAAAUGGCUGAGAAAAUUAAAGAAUUUUACUUUCAUGAAGAGCUUGUAAGUCGUAGUAAUAUAAUAGGAUAUGUUAACUACUUCACUGACGUGAUGUCAGCUUAUCCUUCGUUAAAAUCAGUAAAUGUGAACAUGCAUAGUGGCAACAAUGAAAUAUAUUUAUAUGAAUACUCAUUUGUGGAUGAUGAUACACCAUUUGUGCCUUACACAAAAAUAAAAGGUGCUUCUCAUUGCGCGCAAACGCUGGCUGUUUUGGAUGGAGUUUCUGAGUCGAACCCAGAUGAAUGCAACGCUUCACUUGAGUUUCGAAACAUGAAGAAAAUCAUAAGAGAGUUGUGGCAUAACUUUAUUACUAAUGGAGAACCGGUACUUAAGAACUCUUCGCUCCCUGCAUGGCCAGCAGUAAGUGCCAGCAAAUCCUCGUAUAUGUCUUUGGGACGCAAGGUUGGACUUCGUGAGGGUCUGCUGUCCGAUCGAGUUGACUUCUGGAGUGGUAUCUAUGACAAGUUCUACAGACAGCCUGUACCGCCACCAGUAUACACAGAAACUUGAUUUUAAAAACGUAUGCUUUAUUUUAUAUAGUUAUAUAUAUAUGUAUGUCAUAUUGAUUACAAUUAGGUGAUACUGUUUUGUAAGAGAUGUAUAGCGUCACAUUCGGAAGAAAUACUAAAUCUCACUUUAAACAAAUGAAAAAUACUCAACAUAGUUUUUUUUGUG